UUCAUCUUCUUCUCUGUGGCUGAAACACAAAACAAAUAAUAGUAAGGCCAAAAUGGUUCAACUAAGAUCAUACAUUUUAGUGGCUCUCUUUAUCGUGCUGAUUGCAGCUGAAGCCACGAUCGUUAAAGGUGAUGCAAAUGGAAAUGGGAAUGGCAACAAAGGCAAUAACAAUGGCAAUGGCAACGAAGGUGAUGACAAUGGAAAUAGAAACAAAGGCAAUAACAAUGGAAAUGACAACAAAGGAAAUGGCAAUGGCAAUGAUAAUGAAGGUAACAAUAAUGGGAACGAUAACAAAGGCAACAACAAUGGCAACGACAAUAAGGGUGAUGGCAAUGGAAAUAAAAAUGGUGGCAAAGAAAAAAAUGAUGAUUUUGAUGAAAUGGAACCUCUGCCAUCUGGACAAGAAAGAGCUUCUUGCAAGGCAAAGGGAGGUUGUAACAUGAAGACACUUGUGUGUCCAGCUCAGUGCCCUGAGAAGAAACCGAAGAAUAACAAGAGGAAGAAGGGAUGCCAUGUUGACUGCAGCAGCAAGUGUGAGGUCACUUGCAAAUGGAGAAAACCUAACUGCAAUGGAUAUGGCUCUCUCUGCUAUGAUCCUCGAUUCGUCGGUGGUGAUGGAGUGAUGUUCUACUUCCAUGGAGCAAAGGGAGGAAACUUUGCAAUAGUCUCAGACGACAACCUUCAAAUCAAUGCUCAUUUCAUUGGAACUAGACCUCAAGGAAGGACUAGAGACUUCACUUGGGUGCAGGCACUCUCUGUCAUGUUUGAUACCCACAAUCUCGUAAUUGCUGCAAAGAAAGUUUCACAAUGGAACACUAAUAUUGAUGCCCUGAUUGUGAAGUGGGAUGGCGAAGCAAUCAACAUCCCUAACGAUGGAGAAGCUGAGUGGAGAACCAACGAAGAAGAAAGAGAGGUUAUAGUGGAAAGAACUGAUAGUUUCAACAGUUUAAGAGUAAGAGUUGCUGGUCUUGUAGAAAUGGACAUCAAAGUCAGGCCAAUUGGGAAGAAAGAAAAUCAAGUUCACAAAUAUCAGCUGCCUGAUGAUGAUGCCUUUGCUCAUUUGGAGACACAGUUCAAGUUCAAGAAAUUAUCAGAUCUUGUUGAAGGAGUUCUGGGUAAGACUUACAGGCCAGAUUAUGUGAGUCAAGUGAAGAUUGGGGUGCCAAUGCCAAUGAUGGGGGGUGAAGACAAGUAUGAAACUCCAUCUCUCUCGUCACCUAUUUGCACGGCUUGCAGGUUUAAGGGUCAAUCAGCUUCAGGGAUUGCCACAAUCUAAUUAAUAAUGAAUUUUUAACUAAUAUAUUUCCAUGCUUGAACUUAAAAUCAAGAAAAAUAAAUAAUUAAAUAAAACAAUAUCAUAUCAUUCUUUGUAUUUUAAAAACCAAUCAAGCAUGUAAAUUAUGCUUGUAUGGAAAUAUACUUUGUUCUCUUUUUUU